CAUACCGAGAGUCCCGCUUCUACGUUCGUUGAACUGCUCUACGGUCAUGCCCCAGGACCCGACGGGAGCGGACGGAGAGCUCGACCGUUACGGGGCGAUUGGCUCCCUUCGAUUCCUUUCGGACAUCCCGCGCCUUUCUAAAUUUAGACCGGUUUCAUCUCGCUCCGAGGGUUCCGCAGGAGUCAUCUCCUUUCUUCCCCGUUUCUUCAGAGGAACCUGUUUUUUUUCGUUUUACCUUUUUCGGUGGGUUUAUAGGUUUUCCGGCCGGAUUCCGCUCGAGUUCUGGUUCAAGGCGAACAGGAUCGCCGGAAAUCUGGUAAAGAUAAGAUUUUUAGGCGUUUAGGAUAGUAGGGGAAGAUUAAAGGUGGGAUCUUUGGGUGGGAGAUGGGUGGAAGAUGGAGAAGGUUGGGAACGUGGGUUGUGGGUGCUCUCGGCUUCUUCUUGGCAUCAGCGGUGGUAUCGGCAGAGCGGGGCCUCAAGAUUGGUGGUUUAUUAGACGAUGUUAGUGCCGAUGGGGAGACGUUUGUGUUUAGUUAUCUUCUCAAGGCGCUGGGUUUCUUGUGGCAGGCCGACGGAUCUUAUUAUCACCACGUUUGGCCGCCAAUGGAAUUCGGAUGGCGACUUGUGAUAGGUUCGUUGAUUGGGUUCUUCGGAGCGGCUUUCGGGAGUGUUGGAGGUGUUGGUGGGGGUGGAAUUUUUGUUCCCAUGCUUACACUUAUUGUUGGGUUUGAUCCAAAGUCAUCAACAGCAUUGUCAAAAUGUAUGAUCAUGGGCGCGGCUGGGUCAACUGUCUACUACAAUCUUAAGCUGAGGCAUCCAACUUUGGAUGCACCAAUCAUCGAUUAUGACUUAGCUUUGCUUAUUCAGCCAAUGCUUAUGCUUGGGAUCAGUAUAGGUGUCAUUUUUAAUGUGAUAUUUCCUGACUGGAUGGUUACGAUUCUCCUAAUUGUCCUAUUCUUAGGCACAUCAACCAAGGCAUUUAUGAAGGGGGUUGAGUCAUGGAAGAAAGAGACAGUGAUGAAGAAGGAGGCUGCUAAACGCUCUCAGCCCAGCAGUGGUGGGAAUCAAGAAGAAGAAUAUAAACCUCUUGCUACCGGUCCAAGCAAUGAUGGAGAGGUUGCUGUGACUGCAGAACUAGAGGUACCAGUUCUUCAGAAUGUUUGCUGGAAGGAGCUUGGCCUUCUUGUCUUUGUAUGGAUAUCAUUCCUCAUAUUACAGAUCACAAAGAACUAUACAGCAAUAUGUUCCAUAUGGUUUUGGGUUUUGAACUUGCUGCAGAUCCCUGUCUCCAUGGCAGUAACUUUAUACGAAGCAAUUAGUUUAUACAACGGAAAAAGAGUGAUUGCAUCCAACGGGCAUGAAGGGACAAACUGGAAAGUCCAUCAGUUAUUUAUAUACUGUUCAUUAGGUGUCCUUGCUGGUAUAGUUGGGGGACUGCUUGGACUAGGAGGAGGCUUUAUUUUAGGUCCACUCUUUUUGGAGCUUGGCAUCCCUCCACAGGUCUCAAGUGCAACAGCAACCUUUGCUAUGACAUUCUCCUCAUCCAUGUCCGUUGUAGAAUACUACCUCCUAAAUCGUUUUCCUGUCCCAUACGCUCUCUACUUUGUCACGAUGGCAGCAGUGGCUGCCUAUGUGGGCCAAAAUGUGGUGAGAAGACUAAUCAUUCUGAUGGGGAGGGCAUCACUUAUCAUCUUCAUAUUGGCUUUCACAAUCUUCAUCAGUGCAAUCUCAUUAGGUGGAGUUGGAAUUUCAAACAUAAUCAGAAAAAUCAAGCAUCAUGAGUACAUGGGAUUUGAGAACCUCUGCAGAUACCAAGCCUAGGAACAAGAAGGGAAAGGUUUAUGUUGAGUUUGAUUGACUUUGUUUCAUUAUGUCCGAGCUCUCAAUUCCUUUCUUCAGGAAGGGCCCCAAGAUGUGGUCCAUUUAGUUCCAUACUAACUACCAUCAGGAUCUUUUUUUUGGCUUUUUAAAAUGAAAAGAAAAUUUUUGUUAUAUUUAUUCCAAGACAUCAUAUUUUGUCUUUCCUA